AGGGUGGAAGGCGCAACUUGAACAUGGCUGGAUGCACCAGCGGUUUUGUCUCGCCAUGCAGGGCAGCAGUGGGCGGAUCAAUGAGCCUCGAGCGGUUGAGACUGAAAGCCGUAGACGGCAUGAGGCCGGCUACUCUCUCCCCAAUCUCCCUCUCCAUGCAUGAGACCGACAGGCUGAGAACUGCAGCUGCCUGGCGACCUUCUGCCGUUGAGGUGCGGGCGCAUGAAAGAAGGGUUGCUGCUGGUCUGCUGGGGAUUCUACUUGUGGUUCCUCUUCUGCUCUCACCUUCGCAUGUGAACGCAGUCUCUGGAGGGGUUGCGGACUUUGUAGACGUGCAAGGACAGGACCUGAGCGGAAAGGAUUUCUCUAAGAAAGACUUCAGUGGAUGCGCUGCCAAAGAGGCGAAGUUUGUCGGAACGAAGCUGCGAGGAACUCGGUUCUUCAAGGCCGAUUUAACGGGAGCAGAUUUCACAGGAGCUGACUUGUCCACUGCCUCUCUAGAAGACGCGAAGCUAGACGGCGUUGUGCUCAAAAAUGCGAUCUUGAGCAACUCGUACACGAACCUGGGACUUGACAAGGUCAAAGACAUCUCCGGGGCCGACUUUACCGACGCUCUUGUCCGCCCGGACAUCUUGGCGAAGCUCUGCAAGAGGAGCGACGCCACCGGAACAAACCCCGUCACCAAAGCAGACACGCGAGAGAGCCUGGGUUGC